UUCUGAAAGGAAAAUAAUCUUAUGUUAAGUUUACUUGAGGUUAUGUGUUCAUGGCAGAGUAUGAAGUGCAUAAAAAAGUCGAAUAAUUUCAUUCUGGAGCUUUUUUUUAGUUCGACGCUCGUGACAACAGUUUAUUGUUGCUUCUGAAAUCUCAGCGAAUUAUGUCAGGAUUGGGAAUGAGCUCUGUGAUGCGUAACGUAAAUAAAUACCUUGGGGGUAAUUGGAGUUCAUCCCACCAUUGGAGCCACGUGGUGACAGCAAAAUAUAUUUGUAUGUGGAUAGCUGAAAGAUGAAAGGUUUUCUGUGUGAUUGAGGAAUAUUCAUCGCAAUCCGGAAAGUUAGGACUCGAUUACUAAAAUGGAGCGCACGUCCAAGGAUCUUGUCGACAAUUACUGUCGAGUUAUAUCCCAGGAGGCUAGAGAGCUCUAUCUCAAAGAAGAAAUCGACACAAUAGACGCUAAAAGUGAGUCAUUAAGCCCUCUCCAUUUCCACCAAAAAUACCUAUCAAAGAAUCUACCCUUAUUGAUAAAGAAUGGAGUGUCAAACUGGCCGGCAGUGGGCAAGUGGGGCAUUGAUCACUUCCGGAGGAAAAUACCGGAGAAAAGGAUAUCAGUGGCAGUCACUCCAAAUGGAUAUGCCGAUGCAGUUGCCACCAAUGAAGAAGACAACAGAGAGUAUUUUGUCAUGCCUGAGGAGAGGGAAAUGACGAUGUCGGAGUUUCUUGAUACCUUGACAACCCCUAGGGACGACGCAGUACUCUACAUUCAGAAACAAAACUCCAAUUUUCAAGAGGAGUUUCAUGAGCUUUGGAGGGACGUUGAGGAACCCAAGUGGAUUUCUGAGGCUUUUGGAAAGCAGCCCGAUGCCAUAAAUUUCUGGAUGGGAGAUCAACGAGCUGUGACGUCCAUGCAUAAAGAUCCGUAUGAGAAUAUUUACUGCGUCGUCUCGGGAGAGAAGGAGUUUAUUUUACAUCCGCCCACCGAUCUACCCUGGAUUCCAUACGGAAAGUAUCCCUCGGGCAUUUACCGAAGGGCGGAAACCUCUUGGAAAAUAGAACCACUUCGCCAAAACCCCUCACAGGUCUCCGAGGAGGGAGAAUUAUUACCAUGGAUCGCCGUUGAUCCCCUGAAACCUGAUUACACGAGAUAUCCGAUGUACGAAAAUGCAACUACGAUAAAAGUAUCAGUUCAAGCCGGUGAUAUCCUGUACCUCCCCUCGCUCUGGUUCCACCACGUUCAACAGUCUCAAGCCUGCAUAGCAAUAAACUUCUGGUACGAUAUGGAGUAUGACAUCAAAUAUGUAUAUUUCAAGGGUCUAGAAAUGCUCACGCAAUGAAUUAGCAUUAUCUAGUUAAUCAGAGAAUUAAUAAGGCAAUUAAUUGAAAAGAGAAUUGAUAACUGGUUUUACCUAUUCGAUGUAAGAAACAAAUAAAUAACUAAAUAAUGGAAAGGCGU